AUGGAAAGAAGAUCUUGCAGAAGCACAGAGACGUUGACAACAAUAAACAAACGGCUUGUGGCCGACGGCGACGACGGCGACGACGCCGCAACGAGCGACAUAAUCGAUUCGACAUUGUCGGAUGUCAAGUCGACACUGUCGGCGAUGUUGGAUGAUGCCGUCGACGACUUGCGGAGGCUGUCCGCUACUAACAAGGGCUCCACUGGCAUCGGCAAUGCAUACCAGUGGCUCCUGGAGACUGAUUGA